GUCACGCGCAUGUGUCGGCGUCAAGAGGAACAGCUGCCUCUUGACUCUCUUGAGUCUUGGACUCAGAGAACCGCGCCGGAACCAUCACCAGGACCACAACCAGCGCAAGCAAGACCCUUGACGUGAGGUGGCGUGGCUCAUUUGGACGAUUUAUUUAUUUAUUUCAUUGAUUUCUUUGAUCGUCGUUUGACCACGCCCCCUACAGGCUGCACAGCACGAGGACAAAGUAACAUUUCGGAACAUUUAGCUUAUUUUUUCUUCUUAUUUUUUUAAUUUUAGUUUUAGUUUUGAAGUUGCAGGCAGGAUGUGGACGCUGUCUGUGGUUCUGAAGCCUGUCUUGGUUCUGUUGCUGUUCGGAUGCUGGCCGUCCGUGACCAUCAGGCCGAGGGAGGGCUGGCAGGUGUACAGCUCAGCUCACGAUGCAGACGGCCGCUGCGUGUGCACGGUGGUGGCGCCAGGACAGAGUCUGUGCUCAAGAGACGCCAAAGGACAACAAUUACGGCAGCUCCUAGAGAAGGUCCAGAACAUGUCACAGUCCAUUGAGGUAUUGAACCUGCGCACUCAGAGGGACUUCCAGUACAUCAUGAGGAUGGAGAGCCAGAUCAAAGGUCUGCGCUCCAAGUUCAGACAGAUGGACUCUGACAGGAAGACGCUGGCCAGCAAAAACUUCAAGGAGCUAAAAGACAAGAUGGACUCCCUCCAGCCGCUGAUCCCCGUGCUGGAGCAGUACAAGACGGACGCCAGACUCAUCUCCCAGUUCAAAGCUGAGAUCCGGAAUCUGUCCGGCGUGUUGCUGGGCUUCCAGGAGGAGAUGGGAACAUACGACUACGAGGAGCUGCACCAGAAGGUCCUCAGCUUGGAAAACCGUCUGCGGAGUUGCAUGAGCAAACUCAGUGAGUCGACAACUGAUACAAAUUAUGGAGACGUGAUUGUUCCUUGGGGGUUUUAUGGACUUAGAGGACAUCCUCAAGUUAACACAGCUAUUCCAUUAAAGGCUGAGUCUCCUGUAGUCGCUGAUUGCCGUCUUCCAAUGAACACCCCGUCCUCUUAUAGCACAGCUAUAAUUAGCACAUAUUUGCUGUGUGUGUUUGUAGCGUGCGGCAAGCUGAUGAAGAUCACUGGCCCACUCACAGUGAAGACAUCGGGGACAAGGUUUGGGGCGUGGAUGACGGACCCGCAAGCGCCUUCCAAAACCAGCAAGGUGAGUUGGUCACACGAGCGAGGCGUUCACUGUCUUCCCAGAAAGUCAAGCUUCCAUGUGCUUCAGGUUUGGUACAUGGACGGCUACACUAACAAUAAGAUCGUCAAAGAGUACAAAUCCAUGGCUGAUUUCAUGUCGGGGGCGGAGUCGAGGACAUACAACUUACCCUUCAAGUGGGCUGGGACCAACCACGUGGUCUACAACGGCUCGCUAUACUACAACAAGAUGCAGAGCAACAUCAUCGUGCGCUACAGCUUUGAGACGGGCCGCGUAGUCACGCAGCGGGCUCUGGAGUCGGCCGGCUUCCAUAACGUGUACCCAUACACCUGGGGGGGCUUCUCCGACAUCGACCUGAUGGCGGACGAGCUGGGCCUGUGGGCCGUGUACGCUACCAACCAGAACGCCGGCAACAUCGUGGUCAGCCGGCUGAACCCGGACACGCUGCAGAUGCUCAGCACGUGGAACACAGAGUACUCCAAGCGCAACGCAGGAGAGGCCUUCAUGAUCUGCGGGACGCUCUACAUCACCAACUCCCACCUGACGGGCGCCAAGGUAUACUACGCAUACUCCACCAAGACAUCCAGCUACGAGUACACGGACAUUCCCUUCCACAACCAGUACUUCCACAUGUCCAUGCUGGACUACAACUCCAGGGAGCGAGCCCUCUACGGCUGGAACAACGGACACCAGGUCCUUUUCAACGUCACGCUCUUUCAUGUCAUCAAAACGGAAGACGAUGCCUGAGAAAGUCCAAUUUGAACAAACGAGAAGUUAUCUUUGUUCCAUUCGAAAACCCCAACAUUGAGACUCACGUCCCGCCAAAACGAUCAACUUUCAUCCCACAAUGAAGCAUCUAAAUGAAGUAUUUUAUACAUUUAUCAGUUAGCAUGCAUACAGUACACACAUGCACUACACACCGCACAUUCAUUCACACAUAUACAGUACAUAGAUGCUCUCAUAGAUGCCCUCGCCACACUUUGAAUUUCAUGGCUUCACUCUGUCACUGUUUUUUAAAAAAUAUACAAAUUAAUAAAUCAUCGCUGUUUUGAGGAUGACUAUCGCCCAUUAUUAGUAAAAAAAAAAUGCAUAUUUAAGUAAAAUGUAUGGAUUUUUGGCCUAAAUGAAGCAUUUUCAAGCAUAAAAAUGGCCUAAUGAAGUGAAAUUACAAGACGUAUUCAAAAACCUUGCGAUGAUAUGUAGUAUUCUACACUGGUCACUAGGUGUCAGUAAUUUUACAUUGAUGAGACAAUAGUACAGAACAGGAAGUCAAAAAGGAAGAACAACAAGGAACUCUCCCAAUGCUAACAUGUGUGAGUCUAUAUUGUGAUUUAUUUAUAUCUUAUAUGUCUUAUUUUUUCUUAUGCCUACUACAAUGGUGUGAAAAAGUGUUUGCCCUCUUCCUGAUUUCUUAGUUUUAUGUAUGUUUGUCACACUUAAAUGUUUCAGAUCAUCAAAUAAAUUUAAGUAUUAGUCAAUGACAACACAACUGAAAACAAAAUGCCGUUUUUAAAUGAAACUUUUGAUUUUUUUAUUCAUUAUAUAUUUCAUUAUAUUUCUGAAAUGUGACGUUACUUUUACACCAGAUGUAAUGGGACACACACCUUCCAAAAAGUUCAACUUUUGUCUCGUCAGACCACAGUGUAUUUUCCCAAAGGUCUUGGGGAUCAUCAGGAUGUUUUCUGGCAAAAUUGAGACAGGCCUUAAUGUUCUUUUUGUUCAGCAGUGGUUUUCGUCUUGGAACGCCAUGCAGGCCGUUUUUGUCCAGUGUCUUUCUUGUGGUGGAGUCAUGAACACUGAUCUUAACUGAGGCAAGUGAGGCCUGCAGUUCUUUGGAUGUUGUUGUGGGGUCUUUUGUGACCUCUUGGAUGAGUCGUCGCUGCGCUCUUGGAGUAAUUUUGGUUGGCCGGGAACUCCUGGGAAGGUUCACCACUGUUCAAUGUUCUCGCCAUUUGCUGAAUAAUGGCUCUCACUGUGGUUUGCUGGAGUCCCAACGCUUUAGAAAUGGCUUUAUAACCUUUUCCAGACUGAUAGAUCUCAAUGAAUCACAGUUAUGUUUUACCGGGGGGGCAGUCACUUUUUCACACAGGACCAUGGAGGUUUGAAUUUUUUUUCUGCCUUAAUAAUAAAAAAGUUUCAUUUAAAAAUUGCAUUUUGUGUUCAGUUGUGUUGUCAUUGACUAAUAUUUAAAUUUGUUUGAUGAUCUGAAACAUUUUAUUGUGACAAACAUGCAACAGCAUAAGAAAUCAUGAAGGGGGCAAACACUUCUACACACCACUGUAUAUUGGGUAAUAGGAAUGUGAAGGUGACUGCGCUAUUAUUUCAUGUCUAGAGGGCUCUAAUAAUGUUAAAAAGUGCAUUAUGAGGUCAUGAACAGGUUUUCUAUGUUUUAACUAUAAAAACAUUCCAUUUACAAAUAAGCAGUCCUACUUGGCGGAAAUUCACUUAUCACGGUUGGGCCUGGAACCAAUGAACUGCCAUAAACGAGGGAUAUAUCCAUACAUAGACAGAUAGAUACAUACUCUACAUUCAUUCACAGAUUCAUACAUAAAGCUAUUAUUCAUAUUCAAAGUGCUUUAUUACUGUUAUGAAAUGUGUCAUGGGAUUUCUUUUGCUCUGACAAGAUUGUGAAUGAUUUUCUAAUCAAAUUCUUAGUCAAGCAUCCUUGCAGAGAAAUGUGAUGGAUGCUGUACACUGCAGAUGAUGUACCAUGCGUACCAUCCAUCCAUUUUCUAUGCCGCUUCUCCUCAUUAGAGUCUCGGGGGCAUGCUGGAGCCUAUCCCAGCUGACGUCGGGCGACAGGCGGGGUACAACACUGAGCUUAUUAUUCUUUAAUCUGUAAACACAAACUUUCUUCUGUAAAUGCACACACUGUGUUUUUAUUCAUUAAAAAACACUUGUCUU